UCAAAUUAUGUCAAUUUAUGUCACGCGUUCUUUUGUGUGAUUGUGUGCAAGGAACCAAAAAAUAUUAAGAAUUCUUAUUUGGCCAUUGUUAAUUUCACUAAUGACUUUACGCACCUUUAAUACCGACUUAUUGUAAAUUGAACUUUACAAUUCGUUAAUGAUGAUGAGCGACGACGACCGCGACAUUGAUAUCGAAAGUGAUGCCGAAAACGACUCUGACUCUCGUCCACAUGCAAGGAAUGGCUUAAGCAGUGGAGGUUAUUAUUCUCAAGCUGAAAAAAGGGCUCACCAUAAUGCAUUGGAGAGAAAGAGAAGGGAUCAUAUAAAAGAUAGCUUUACAUCACUCAGAGAUUCAGUACCAGCAUUACAAGGAGAAAAAGUGGCUUCUACUAAUUUUCAGGCGAGUCGAGCUCAAAUUUUGAAAAAAGCUGCAGAAUACAUACAAUUCAUGAGGAGAAAAAACAACUCGCACCAACAAGAUAUUGAAGAUCUCAAACGGCAAAAUAGUUUAUUGGAGACCCAAAUACGAGCAUUAGAAAAGGCUCGAGCUACCGGAAACUACAUGGAUGCACACGAAUUGGGACUGGGCAUUAAAUCAGAAGGAAGUUCACAUGACACGGACAGUUCAGAUGGCGAAGGCACCACUCGACGGGUGAAAAAACUCAAGAUCAACAGUGUCAAUGUUUAAUAAGUUUAUUUUUAAGUCCUGUGCGAUAUUUGUUCUGAUAUGUUUGAGUCACGGAUAUGACAAGCUCUGUAAAAUUUGCAGAUUUUACUAUUUUUCUAAUUAAAUAAGGUUGUUGUACCUUGUAUAAUAAUUAUAAUGUUGUGCGCAUUGAAAUGUUAGGUUUUUUGUUUUUGCAAUAUAAUAUUAUUUUUGUAAAGAGCAUGUAUAAAGUGAGGGAUUUGUUUGCUGUUUAUCUUUGUCUAUUAGAGAUACGAAAUAUGUAUACAUAUUGAAUUCUUACAGCAAUUUAGUAUUUUUACUGGAUAAUCUAGAUUAAGCUAUCCUAUGACUUUUUAACUUAGGAUUUUACAGAAUAUACCUAAAACUAUCUAGUAUCCAUUUGUAAUAAAUGAUUGUGUACAAAAUACACUGGUUUAGAUUUAAGGAUCUUUUGAAUUAAAAAAUUACAUAAUUAAAUAAUAGUUAAUAAU